AAAAGCGGGGGCGUGGCCACAAGGCGGAGGGGCGUGGGCAGCGGCAGCCGCGGGGCGGUGGCACGUUGGGUCACCCCGGCGCGCCUCCUGCCCGCGCCGGGCUGCCUGCGGCCGCGGCCCGCCUCCCGCCCUGCCCUGCGGAUAUGGAGCCGGCAGCCGGCGCAAGCUCUCUAAAGAUGUCAGAAAGCUGGUCUUUCUUGGAUACUGUUGAGCCUAACUUCAGGCCUCUGGUAGUAGUUGAGCUUGCAAAAGGCACCAAAGAGGAAACCAGAGAAUGGUUCACCAAACGAAUUGUGGACAAAAAGGCAAAUGGAGGUGCACAACUGCUGGUUAAACCAUUGGGCACAGAAAAUGGAGAAGAAAAUAUUUAUCUAGUUGGAGCUUCCCACUUAAGGCUGUUGCUGGGAGCUGAAACUGUGGGUUUGGUGAAGGAAUGUAAUGAUAACUCAAUGAGAACUUUUACAUACAGCAGCAGAAAAACUUUCAAAGGCUUUGCAGAUGACAAUCACAAUUUCCUUACAAUCGCAGAAUGUCAAUAUAUCAUCAAACAUGAACUCGAAAAUUUGAGAGCUAAAGAUGAAAAAAUGAUCCCUGGAUAUCCUCAGGCAAAACUGUAUCCAGGAAAAUCAAUUGUGAGAAGAUUAUUGACCAAUGGUAUUCUAGUUCAGAUUUUCCCACUGCAUGAUAGAGAAGAGUUGAAAAAGCUCCGUCACAGCUGGUAUGGUCGAGUGAAAGUUGGCUAUCAACCCUUAGAUGAGAUACGCUGCUACUUCGGUGAAACCAUUGCUCUCUACUUUGGCUUCUUAGAGUACUUCACAUUCGCUUUGAUUCCAAUGGCUGUCAUUGGGAUUCCUUAUUAUGUGUUUGCAUGGGAAGACUAUGACAAAUACGUGAUGUUUGCUACAUUCAAUCUGCUCUGGUCCACUGUGAUACUGGAAGUUUGGAAGCGGAUUUGCGCCAUCAUGACAUAUCGUUGGGGGACGCUGUUGAUGAAACGACAGUUUGAAGAACCAAGACCAGGCUUCCAUGGUGUCCUGGGUAUCAAUCCCAUCACUGGGAAGGAGGAACCAGUGUACUCAAGUAUUAAGAGACAGAUACGGAUUUAUCUGGUGUCCUUACCAUUUGUGUGCCUUUGCCUCUACUUCUCACUGUAUGUGAUGAUGAUUUACUUUGACUUGGAACAGUGGGCUCUGGAUUAUCAUGAAGAGAAUGAGUCUACCUUCAGCAGCUUGAUGCUGUUUGUACCCAGUAUCAUAUAUGCUGUUGUGAUUGAGAUUAUGAACCGUAUCUAUCGGUAUGCUGCUGAAUUCUUGACAUCAUGGGAAAAUCACAGGCUGGAAUCUUCUUACCAGAAUCAUUUAAUUCUGAAAGUUUUAGUGUUCAACUUCUUAAAUUGUUUUGCAUCUCUUUUCUACAUUGCCUUUGUGCUGUUUGAUAUGAAGCUUUUGAGGCAGAGCUUGGCCACUUUGCUGAUAACUUCGCAGAUCAUUAAUCAGUUUGCAGAAUCCGUGUUUCCUUACUGGCUCCAGAAGAGACAUAAGAAGAGGAUGAAGAAACGCGUGUGUUCUAUGAAAACAGAUACAGACCUGUCGUUAGUUGAACAAGUCAACUUGGAGAAAGAAAUGGGCACCUAUUUUGGUACUUUUGAUGAUUACCUGGAGUUGUUCUUGCAGUUUGGCUAUGUGAGUCUUUUCUCCUGUGUUUAUCCACUGGCAGCUGUCUUUGCAGUGUUAAACAACAUCACAGAGAUAUAUUCCGAUGCCUUAAAGAUGUGCAGAGUUUACAAGCGUCCAUUUUCAGAACCCACAGCAAAUAUUGGUGUUUGGCAGUUGGCUUUUGAAACUAUGAGUGUAAUAUCAGUUGUUACUAAUUGCAUACUGAUUGGAAUGUCUCCGCAAGUGAAUGCCCUUUUCCCAGACUCAAAAAUGGACCUUAUGCUGACUGUGGCAUUGGUAGAGCACUUGCUACUGGCAAUAAAGUUUAUCAUGGCAUUUGUAAUUCCGGAUAAACCAAGAGAUAUCCAGAUAAAACUGGCCAAAUUGGAAUUUGAAUCUCUAGAGGCCCUCAAACAACAGCAAAUGAAGCUGGCGGCUGAGUCACUGAAGGAGUAAACGUGGAGGAGCGAGGAUGAGUAAAAGUGGAGGAGCAAGGAUGAGUAAAGCCGUCACGUGUGGAUGCGGACACUUGUUGAGCAUUUGUCGGUGAGGAUGCGCAGCCCUCAGCGUCUGCACUCCACCAUCUACUCAGUAGGUGGCACCUGCUUGUAUGAAACUUGGUAAACACUCCCUGCCUCACACUGCAAAAAAAAACAUAUAUAUAUAUAUAUUUCUUCUGCUUUCUUCGUUUCUCAAACGCAACGAUUUGUGAAGUUAACACUAAAUAAAACACUCCAGCUUAUACUAGGUCUGGUUGAAACCUGCCAGGCCCACCGUCCUCCAGGUGAUUGAAAACAGAUCCUGUGAGUAAGCACCCGGAAGCUAACGAGAGUUUUCAACUGCAACUUUGUAAAAGAAAAUUAAAAAGGUAAACUAGUGUUUAAUUCAGAUUGUACGGUCCCUUCGGGGUUAUUGCCCCUUUUGUUCCUUUAUUACAAUAGCUAAUCAAUCCUAUAUUAUUCCAAAGAGUGCUUAUUAGCUACUGUUUGCACAUAACAAAUUAACUUAAGUAUUUUAUACAUUGCAUAAUGAAAUAUAUUAUUGUUCCCUAUAUGAGCUGAGAAAUAGUUGAACAUAAAUAUUAUGAAGUAUGCAUUACGUACUCCUGCGUGCUAGAUAUCUAAGUAAGCCCCAGCUAAAAUCUGUUCAAAAGCUGGGUAAAAAGCAUUCAGUAGGAAGUGCAGGAAGAGCAGUAAUUUAUGAAGUAGAUUUUGGUUUUAAUUUACAUUAGAUUUUGGUAUCACGUCCCUGGCUCCUGAACUGCAGUAUUGUAUGAAUGGGUAUGAAUGAAGCGAUAGUAACAGAUUAAUUAAACUUGAUACCUGAUGUACCAGUAA